GACAAUCAAAUAUCUUCAUGGUUAUUCUGCUGAGAGUCAGCAAUUGUUGCUGAAUGCAGAGUUAUAUGGUCAGUAUGUGUCAUUGGCACUAAGGAGUGAAGCUGUGGAUACAGGUGACAUGACUGAAAUCACACUUGUGAGACAGAAUAUCGUGCUAUCUGCAAUGAAAGUUGACCCCACUAAUUUGGAAGACAUUACAUUUCCUGAAGUUAUUAAAGUCAGUGAAGAAACAGGCUCAGCUCAAACUGUGAUACCAGCUGCUCUCUUUGCGGAGAGAGGCGCCCGAGAAGGGAAUGUUUCAGCAGUCAACAUUCUAUUCUCCAACUUGGAGGGUUUUCUUCCAAAAACCAAUCUUGAAAUGAACACGACCAGACCGGUCUCACAGGUUAUUUCUAGUCAAGUCUUCUCCGAUGUGAAGUUAAAUAACUUUCAGACAAAGGCAACCUUCAAUUUCACUACCCAAAAGUUUUCUGAAAGUGAAGUUGCAGAAAAUGCCACAUGUGUAUUUUGGAGUGUUUCUAGUGAUGCGGCCAACAGCAGGUGGUCCAUGGAAGGUGUGACUACAGUCAGUGUGGAUGAAGACAAGCAAAUGAGAGUAUAUAAUAUUGUCUGUGAGAGCAGUCAUUUCACAGCAUUUGCUGUUCUAAUGGAUGUCACUGGAGCACUGAAUGACACAACUCCAGAGAUCAGGUUUGCUCUAUCGUUGUUGACUUAUGUCGGUUGUUCCAUCUCCAUCUUUUUUCUUCUGUUAACUAUCAUCUAUUUCCUGGCAUUGAGAAAAGAACUGCUGACCAGAGUUCAUAACUUCAUCCAUCUCAACCUGUCUAUUUCUUUGCUCCUUGGUUACGUGGCGUUCUUGUCAGGAAUACAGACUGCUGUGGUCAAUAAGAUAGCGUGUGCGUUUGUGGCUGCUCUCCUUCACUACUUGUUCACUGCUGUGUUCUUUUGGAUGCUCUGUGAAGGAAUCAUGCUCUAUCUCAUGUUGGUGGUUGUCUUCAGCCAAAUAUCCAAGAAAUGGUGGAUAUUCUUUAUUAUUGGAUGGGGUGUUCCAGUGAUACCGGUGGCUAUAUCUGCUGGACUUAUUCAUGACCAGUAUGGCACAGAAGAGUAUUGUUGGAUUGCUGUUGGUGCCGGUGAUAAAGGAGCCGUAUGGGCAUUUGUUGCACCGAUGCUACUAGUUGUUCUGGUAAACGUAUUCUUUCUCUUGGCUGCUUUGUGCAGUGUCUAUAAACAAAAAAAAUUAACCAUGCAACAAAGAGGAAAAAAGGAAUCUUUACAGUUAUUCUCACAACUCUUCAAGGCCACUAUAAUUCUUCUUCCACUACUCGGGCUGACUUGGGUGUUUGGUCUACUCUCAGUCAACAGCAACACUAUUGUGUUUGCAUGGUUGUUCACUAUCUUUAACUCACUGCAAGGCCUGUUCGUAUUUUUCUUCCAUGUGCUCCGGAGUGAAAAGGUUACAAAUUUUCUAAAGCGGUGCCGAAGCAAGACUGACAGUGGUGCAUCUACUUCUACCUCAGGAAAAAACAAUCUGAGCAAGAGUCCAACGACUAUUGUUCAUCUCAAGCCAAGAGACUCUAAAUUCAGCAAACACGAUCGUAGUACCAUGCAAAAUGAAUCCAUUAAAGUCGACGAGACUGCAUUGGAAACGGGCUCACCAAAGUCGUAUAUUGCUGGAUUACUUGAAAAUGAGGAAAAGUGGCAAAAAGUAUAACCUAUAAUUUGGUAAAAAAACUUUCACACUCACAGGAAAGCCUUGACGCACAGGUUGUAGCAUAGAUAUACUAACUGUUUUAUUGUCUAGUGCCACUAUAAUAUACUUAGUCUAAAUAGCGGUAUGACUAUAUAUAUUAUAUAGAAGCACGUAUAUAUAGGCUGUUGUUAUGAGUGGCAAGUUUUUAUAUGGUGCAUAUAAUUAUAGCUAUUAUACUGUCUGAAUGCAUAGAGCUACAGUAUAGAAAACUAGAUUAUGAAGUCACUUGUUUUGUUCAGAUCGUUUUAUAGUGCUUAUAAUUAUGCAGACAUUAUUACUAUAAUUAUAGUGUUAA